GAGCCCUGACUCUAUGGCCCCCGGGGAGCGCCCCGGAGCCGCCGUGCCGCCCACCACCAGCCGGAACCCGAGCGCCAGCCGGAGGAAGAGGGGAGCCCCGGGCGCCGCCAGCCCCUGCCCAAGGGCCCGCCCGCGGCCCCCGCCCCCGCCUCGGGGAAUGGCAGGCAGGUAGCCGGCUCGCGCGAGGACCCCCCCCGGCGGGCAGGACCCGCCGAGGACCGCGGAGCCCAGAGAGAGGGAGAGGAGGCGCGGCCCACCCGCGCCCGGCCGCAGCCCCGCCAGGGCCCUCCCCCGGCGGCGCGCCACCGCGCGCGCACACACUUGCACACAGUACCUCGGCUCCUGCCCGGGCUCGCCUGCCCCCCGCCAGUGCUGAACCCCCUGGGGCCGGAUGCCAUGGGUAACAACUUCUCCAGUAUCCCCUCUCUGCCCCGAGGAAACCCGAGCCGGGCGCCGCGGGCCCACCCCCAAAACCUCAAAGACUCCAUCGGGGGCCCCUUCCCUGUCACCUCUCACCGAUGCCAUCACAAGCAGAAGCACUGCCCGCCGGUGCUGCCGGGCGGGGGGCUCCCGGCCACGCCGCUGCUCUUCCACCCCCACACCAAGGGCUCCCAGAUCCUCAUGGACCUCAGCCACAAGGCCGUUAAGAGGCAGGCCAGCUUCUGCAACGCCAUCACCUUCAGUAACCGCCCAGUCCUCAUCUAUGAGCAAGUCAGGCUGAAGAUCACCAAGAAGCAGUGCUGCUGGAGCGGGGCGCUGCGGCUGGGCUUCACAAGCAAGGACCCGUCCCGCAUCCACCCGGACUCGCUGCCCAAGUACGCCUGCCCCGACCUGGUGUCCCAGAGCGGCUUCUGGGCCAAGGCGCUGCCCGAGGAGUUUGCCAACGAGGGCAACAUCAUCGCCUUCUGGGUGGACAAGAAGGGCCGUGUGUUCUACCGCAUCAACGACUCGGCCGCCAUGCUCUUCUUCAAUGGGGUCCGCACGGCCGACCCGCUCUGGGCCCUGGUGGACGUCUACGGCCUCACGCGGGGCGUCCAGCUGCUUGACAGCGAGCUGGUGCUCCCGGACUGCCUGCGGCCGCGCUCCUUCACCGCCCUGCGGCGGCCGUCGCUGCGGCGCGAGGCCGACGACGCGCGCCUCUCCGUGAGCCUGUGCGACCUCAACGUGCCGGGCGCCGACGGCGACGAGGCCGCGCCGGCCGCCGGCUGCCCCAUCCCGCAGAACUCGCUCAACUCGCAGCACAGCCGCGCGCUGCCCGCCCAGCUCGACGGCGACCUGCGCUUCCACGCGCUGCGCGCGGGCGCGCACGUCCGCAUCCUGGACGAGCGGACGGUGGCGCGCCUGGAGCACGGGCGCGACGAGCGCGCGCUCGUCUUCACCAGCAGGCCCGUGCGCGUGGCCGAGACCAUCUUCGUCAAGGUCACGCGCUCGGGCGGCGCGCGGCCUGGCGCGCUCUCCUUCGGGGUCACCACGUGUGACCCCGGCACGCUGCGGCCCGCCGACCUGCCCUUCAGCCCCGAGGCCCUGGUGGACCGCAAGGAGUUCUGGGCCGUGUGCCGCGUGCCCGGGCCCCUGCACAGCGGCGACAUCCUGGGCCUGGUGGUCAACGCCGAGGGCGAGCUGCACCUCAGCCACAACGGCGCCGCGGCCGGCAUGCACCUGUGCGUGGACGCCUCGCAGCCGCUCUGGAUGCUCUUCGGCCUGCACGGGGCCGUCACGCAGAUCCGCAUCCUUGGCUCCACCAUCCUGGCAGAGCGGGGCAUGCCGUCACUCCCCUGCUCCCCUGCCUCCACGCCAACCUCGCCCAGCACCCUGGGCAGCUGCCUCUCCGACCCCUUGCUCAGCACGUGCAGCUCCGGACCUCUGGGUAGCUCUGCUAGCGGGACGGCCCCCAACUCGCCAGUGAGCCUGCCAGAGUCGCCAGUGAGCCCAGGCACGGGCCAGUGGAGCGAUGAGUGCACCAUCUGCUAUGAGCACGCGGUGGACACGGUCAUCUACACGUGUGGCCACAUGUGCCUCUGCUAUGCCUGCGGUCUGCGCCUCAAGAAGGCCUUGCACGCCUGCUGCCCCAUCUGCCGCCGCCCCAUUAAGGACAUCAUCAAGACCUACCGCAGCUCCUAGCCCGCUGCGGCGCCCCACUCCGCACGCCCGCCUCCUCAGGCUGCAGCCCAGCUCCAGCUGAGGGGCAGGCCAACAGGGACCCUUCUCUUCGUCCUCAUUUUGGAAACUCUUCUCUUCUCAUUAAAGCUGGGAAACUGAGGCCCUGGAAGGUUUGGGUCGAAAGGAGGUAUCUGGCGGGGAGGUGGGAGCAGAAGCAAAUCACCUGGCAGAGGGGAGGGGAGGAGUCCACAUCCUCCCUGUGUUUCCCUUCUCUGCACCCAGCUCUUCCCUGCGUGCUGAGGGGCUAAACUGGGGUCUCAGCCUGUCUUAAUCCUUCCCUAUCUCGGGCAGGUUUCUAGGAGGUCCCUUGAGCCUGUGUAGCACCUCUGUGAGAAUUAGAAAACGUGUCCCUUCCUCUGGGCAGAUGUGGCCCUGAGCCAGGGUGUGUGUCUUGGGUUGUAGACUGGACUUCAGCCUCCAUUUGCUUCCUCAGCCAACUUCACUUGAGCAGUGUACAACCUGCUCAACAGCAGCCCUGGGCAGGCAGCCCCUGAGCUGCUGCCUUACUCUCUGACCUAUACCCACCUCCUUCCUCUCUUCCCUGCCCCGUGGGCCUGGCAGUCAGGGGUAAGGCCAGUGGGUAUGUCUCACCCUGGGCAGGCUGCAGCCUCCAUGCCAUGUCCCUCUCCCACUCACCUGGGACCGGUGGACAGACAGGCUGCAGAUAGUUCCAGGCUCUGGGUCCCUGGCCCUGUGCCCCGGCUGAGAUGUGGAGGGCUCCUUUCUGGCCAUAGCCUUUCUGCCCUAGUCAUCUCGCUGGAUGCUUCUGCCCAGACACAGCCCCCUUGGUGUGGGCUGGAGAGCGGGACCUGUUUUCUGUCAGAGUCUCUAAGAACAGGUUUGCAUCUACCCUCUGUGACUUGUCCUCCCACAUCUCAGUGCUGUCCUGGGCCUGGCUGUUGCUCAUAGAGGCUGUAGCAUCCCCAGGAGAGGCCAUGGCCCUGGGUUGGGGGCAGAGGGUGGUUCCCUGGGGUAAGAUCAGCCUUUUUCCUCAUUUUUAUUUAUUUAUUUAUUUGGUUUGUUGUUUUUUUGGGGAGGGGGUGAGUUCCCAACCCCCAGGCACCUAGAAAUGCUGCCCUAGUGUGCAGGAUGCCUGGUGAGAGGGGCCAGCAGAGGUAGUCGUCACUCAGAAUCUUCUAGAUUCUAGCCCAGAAGUCGAUACCCAGCUCUGCUUAUCAUGGAUUAGAACUCCAUAAAUGGGGGCUGAGUUGGGGGGCCGCCUCGCAAAUUGUGUCCAUUUUACAGAGAGGCAAACCAAGCUUCCUUAAGGCCCCAGCGCUGGUGGAUCACCCAGAGCCACAAAAUGCCCUUCAUCCCUGGGUGGAACAGGGUUAUAGUUGGCUCAGAUAGAUCAGCAGGCCCAGGAGUUCCCCCUCCUCAAGGGCAUAAAAAGUUCUGGGAAGGCUGAGGGAGGGGAGCCCAGCUUGGGCAGGGCACACGGCUGGGGGCUCCUAGUCGUAAUAGGGGCAGGGAGCCUGUUCUUAGGAACGGCUCUCCCCCAGGAAAGAUGGGCAGAGCAGGUUCCAGCACCUCGGGUUCUUCCUGGUUCUGGGGUGAGGGAGUGCCCCUCACCUGCUCUUAGGUUACAGUCGUCUCAGCCCUGCCCACCCUUCCUGAUAGGCCACAGGCUGGAGCCAGCUGUCCAAGGCUUGGCCUGGUCUCCCCAGAACCUCCUAGCCCUCUGCCCCCUCAGAUGGCUUGUGUCCAUCAGAGACUGCUUCUCCCUUUGGCUGGCAGAGCAUGGGAUUCCACACCUGCCUGCUGACCAGUUGUGUGGCCCUGGCCAGGUCACAGCCCCUCUGAGCCUCAGCUGCCACCUCUGUAAAAUGAUUGUUUGGGGAGGGGGGCAGACUUUGUAUGUGACUCUUGGGAGUUCCUUGGUGAGGGCUGCUAUGGGGUGGGGUGAUGGGACAGCACUGUGGGUCAGGAUGCCAGGCUGGGCCUUAGUCUGCCCCUGCCUUGCCGUGGGCCUUUGGGAAGUCAUGAUUCCACUAUGGGUCUCUAUUCCCCAGUCGCUGACCCCAGAGACCCCUGCUGUGGGAGUGGGCUGGAGCCGGGCAGGUGGUGGGCCCAUCUAGUCAGGGUUGCAUCUCAGAGGCAAGGAAAGGUCUUCAGUGCAGGGGCUGCGUGGCCUGAGGGUCGGGAAGAGGAAGCCAUCUGUUCCAUUGUCUCUGUUAGUGCGGGAGUAGUUGCUGCCUCUUUGUGAACUUGGGUCGCUGUGAUUGUGAAUAAAGGUGAUUUCGUACCA